CCUGUACGGACGGCUCUCCGUGCAGGACACCAGUGGAGGUAACGGCGGUUAUGUGUUGACAUCUGUGUUUUGGUGGCGUUGAAGAUGCCGGGGCUGUCGGAGAGAGAGCGCGGUGAAUGUAAGAAGAUGCUGAGCGUCAUGUCUAAAGGCGACUUACUUUCACUCAGCGAUACGGUCACGAACAAGAUGAUAGCAGUGGAGAAUAUCACAGAAGCUAUGGAGGCAAUUCUCGCCUACACCAAAGAUGCUGAAGAGCUCCUGAAAAGGAAGAAGGUGCACCGUGACAUCAUAUUCAAGUACCUGGCCAAAGAGGGAGUGGUGGUGCCCCCCAACACUGAGAAACACCAGCUGGUGAAAAAGACACUGCAGUUUUGGUCAUUUGGAAAGGUCUUGGCUGAUGAGAGCAAUGAAAACAGACUACAGCUCACAGAGACAGCGUCCGAGUCCACAGAGAGGAAGGUCGAGCCGGGCUUUGACCCGCUGGCCCUCGGUCAGCAGUUCUGUCAGUGGUUCUUCAAGCUUCUCAACAGCCAGAACCCGUCGCUGGGCCAGCAGCCGCAGGAGUGGGGACCACAGCACUUUUUUCCAGAUGCAAAGCUACGCCUCCUGUCUUGUGCUGAGGGCCAGCGGACAGAGGAGUUUGAGGGUGCGGAGCUGGUCAGCCUGCGCCUCCUGGCUCUGGCAAGGGACGAGCGGCUCCUCCUCAACCCCAACCUGCAGCCUCACGGCCUCAGGGCCCUGGUGUCCCCGCACGGCCUGGUGCUGGUGGCCGUGGCCGGGACCAUCCACAGAGACUCGGCCUGUUUGGGGGUCUACGAGCAAAUAUUCGGCCUCAUCCGCUCCCCGCUGGACGACAACAGCUGGAAGAUCAAGUUUGUCAAUUUGAAGAUCAGAGGGCGGGACGCUGUGGGUGGGGCUGAGAUGGCAGCGCCCGCCCUGACAUGUGACUCUAAGGAACUCCAGCUUCUCUGCAGAUGAUGAUGAUAAUGUUGGUGGUUGUGAUAGCAUUGGUAUGUUUUUUUAAACCAUUAUUUAUACAGGGGGAUUCUCCAGUUGUGCCCUUAAUUCAGAUGUCACCAGUUUAGCCCAGUGCCCAGUGUCAGAGGUAACUGGUGACUUUUCUGUGUUAAGCACACUGUCAAGCACAUUGUUUUUGUUUUUUUUUAGCCAAGAUCCAGCCUCACAUCAGGAUGGACACUUAUGGGCCUGAAUGUACUUGCUACAUUAUUAAUAUAAUGUAAAAAGAAACAAAGACGCGGGAUGGUUUGUUUUUGCCAAGCCAAAAUAAUGUUUUAUUUUAUACUGCAUUCCAGAACAGCAAAACAAAUAGUUUUUGCAUGUUAGUUUGCCUUGAUGCGGUUUCAUGGCCUGUGCCUUAUGUAAGAUAUUAGGUGGAUGAUGGUUUUGAAUGUGGUUUCUGUCACUGUUCAGCGCAAAUAUGGACAAGCUCUUGUAAAUUUGUAAUCUACUAAAUACAAAGAUUUAUGCUGACACUUGAGUGCACUUUCAUGAUAUAUAAAACCGCUGCUUGCCAAGGAGUUACUGUGUGUCUUGAUUACAUGCCAGGUCAAUUAAAAUUGAUUUGGAGCAUAAUCCAAGAUUGCUGCCUUGGCACUGAGAGCACAGGCGCCGGGCUGCGGUAUAUUUAUAAUAAGUGUCUGUUUUAAAUGAUUAGUGUCACAAUAGUCAAACAUGCAACAACAAUCAUCUACAUACUGCAGUUUGCAGCAGAGCUUGGAGAGAACUUUGAUGGGUAUGUAGAGCUCCAAAAGUCUCUUUAAGGAGACGCCUUUUUAAUGCUCACAUAACCUUGGAUAUCAAAUGGCGUCCUACUUCACCAUUUAGUUUCUUCACUCCACUGACUUUAAUAGGACAGUUUGUGGGGAGAAACUGUUCAUGUCAGAGCUCUGUAACAGGAGGAUGGA